AUGGCAUUAAUUGACAUCCGCUCUUCCGUUUUCUUGCUACUGCUAAUCACUUUGUCGUCAAUAACGGGCAACACAAACCAAGCAGAGGCGGCCCGCCACCUCCUUGAGAUUCCAAAGCCCGAAAUUCCAGCUUUUCCCAAGCCUGAGCUUCCAACUCUUCCCAAGCCAGAGCUUCCAACUCUUCCCAAGCCUGAGCUUCCGGCUUUCCCCAAGCUUGAGCUUCCGGCUUUUCCCAAGCCAGAGCUUCCAGCUUUCCCCAAGCCUGAGCUUCCGGCUUUUCCCAAGCCUGAGCUUCCGGCUUUUCCCACACCUCAGGUAACAUUGGAAAAGGCUGAGCUGCCAUCACUGCCUAAGCCCGAAAUUCCGACUUUUCCCAAGCCCGAGCUUCCAGCAUUUCCCAAGCCUGAGCUGCCAACUCUCCCAAAACCUGAAGUGCCUAAGUUGCCUAAGCUCCCAGCUCUUCCUAAGCCUGAGCUACCAGCAUUUCCCAAGCCUGAGCUGCCAUCACUUCCCAAGCCUGAGCUUCCAGCUUUUCCCAAGCCUGAGAUUCCAACUCUUCCCAAGCCUGAGCUUCCAGCUAUUCCCAAGCCUGAGCUGCCAGCUUUUCCAAAACCAGAAGUGCCUAAGUUGCCUGAACUCCCAAAGUUUCCGGAAUUGCCUAAACCGACUUUGCCAGAAGGACCAAAACACCCUUGA